CCUCCUCUCUUUCAAAGUCAACUGAGAAUUUUGGUCGGCAGAGGAUUUUGGUUGUUUCCCUAUUGCCGUCAACUAUUCGCUAAGAAAGAGUUUUCAUCUGUUUCUGAUCCUUAAAAAAAAAAAAACUGGCACAGUGCUUCACCUCAUAAAUCUCAGAACAGAGGAUCCUGGAAGGUAUGAGCGGUGGAGUUAGCCAACUCCUCGAGCAGAUACACAUGUUUUCAAGGAGAUGCUUGUUCAGAGUCAUAUCCAUGGGUCCUUUACCCAUCCAUCUCGCCUUUAUCAUGGAUGGGAACCGGAGGUACGCUAAGAAGCUCGGUCUAGAAGACGGGUCUGGUCACAAAGCCGGGUUCUCUGCUCUCAUGACGAUGCUGCAGUACUGCUACGAGCUGGGUAUCAAGUACGUGACCAUAUACGCUUUCAGCAUCGAUAACUUUAGGAGAAAGCCUGAGGAGGUUCAGUCUCUGAUGGAUUUGAUGCUGGUAAAGAUCAAGUCUCUGCUCGAUAAAGAGAGCAUCGUGCAUGAGUACGGGAUACGGGUUUAUUUUAUCGGUAACUUGGGGCUUUUGAGCGACCAAGUGAGAGCUGCUGCGGAAGAAGUCAUGAAGGCCACUGCUGAGAAUUGUAGGGUGGUGCUUCUUGUCUGCGUUGCGUAUAACUCCACGGAUGAGAUCGUACAAGCUGUCAAGAGAUCUUGUAUGAACAACAAGGCGGAUAGGGAUGGAGAGAGGAGGAUUCAGCUGGUGGAUAUUGAGGAGAACAUGCAGAUGAGCGUGGCGCCGGAGCCUGAUAUACUGAUCAGGAGUUCAGGAGAGACGAGGCUGAGCAACUUUCUUUUGUGGCAGACUGGUAGCUCUCAGCUCUUCUCUCCGGGUGCUCUGUGGCCUGAGAUUGGACUGAGGCAUCUGGUCUGGGCUAUAUUGAACUUCCAGAGAAGCCAUUCAUACUUGGAGAAGAGGAAGAAACAGUUUUAGCUGUCGUGGCUUUUGUUUUUUCUUGGAUCAUGUGAUGUUCUUGUGGUAUACUAUCAAAAGGAAACUUGGGAUUACAUAGAAAAUGCAAUGUAUUUUAGACACAAAGAAAUGUUCGUUUUAGGUUUUUC